AUGAGUUACAGCUCACCGUCUGUGCAUGACGUGUAUCACAGCACUACCACCACAGCCAAGACAGAGCCAGGGACAACUCUGGAUGUGACUGUACCAGAAACAGCUACCAUAAGCCCUGAGACUACCAGUUUCAACAGUACCAAAGUCCCAGAUGUGACCAGCACUGGACCCAGCAUGAGCACAAUGCUGCUGUCCUUUGGGAUCAUUACUGUGAUUGGGUUGGCUGUAGCUAUGGUUCUGUAUAUCAGGAAGAGGAAGAGGUUGGAGAAGCUACGGCACCAGCUCAUGCCCAUGUACAACUUCGAUCCCACCGAGGAACAGGAUGAACUAGAGCAGGAGCUGCUGGAACAUGGGCGAGAUGCAGCAUCUUCCCAGGCAUCACAGAGCAAGGAGGGUUUGUAGGGUAAGGAAACUAUUCCGCUGACAAGUCAAGGAGCCCUCCAGAGACCCAGCCGUCUUGUGUUCACAGACGUUGCCAAUGCCAUCAAUGCAUGA